CGGGCUGCGAGGGGGGCCCGGGGCCGCGAGGAGGGGGCCGGAGUCUGGACCCAGACGGUGUUGGCGGCGCUGCCUGCGGGCCGUGGCACUGGGCUGAGCGCGCGCCGCCGCCUGUCGCGGUGGCCACUGCGGACACGUUGGGGAGUGAUCCCUGGGCGCCAGGUGGCCCCGAAGGAUUGACAAGACCAUGCUGGCGAGCCUGAAAGUCAAGAAGCAGGAGCUGGCCAACAGCUCGGAUGUGACCCUCCCGGAUCGGCCGCUGUCUCCUCCUCUCACUGCACCUCCCACAAUGAAGUCAGCAGAGUUCUUCGAGAUGCUGGAGAAAAUGCAGGGGAUCAAGCUUGAAGAGCAGAAGCCAGGACCCCAGAAGAAUAAGGAUGACUAUAUCCCCUACCCCAGCAUUGAUGAGGUGGUGGAGAAGGGAGGCCCUUAUCCCUUGAUUGUCCUGCCUCAGUUUGGGGGCUAUUGGAUUGAGGACCCGGAGAAUGUGGGCACGCCAACCUCGCUGGGCAGCAGUAUCUGUGAGGAGGAUGAAGAGGAUGGCCUCAGCCCCAGCACUUUCGGCUAUAAACUUGAAUGCAAAAGCGAGGCCAGGGCCUACCGCAGACACUUUCUUGGGAAGGAUCAUCUAAACUUUUACUGUACCGGCAGCAGUCUGGGGAACCUGCUUCUGUCCAUCAAGUGUGAAGAAGUUGAAGGCAUUGAGUACCUGCGCAUCAUUCUCAGGUCCAAAGUGAAGACAGUGCAUGAACGGAUCCCCUUGGCUGGACUGAACAAGUUGCCCAGUGUCCCACAGAUUGCAAAGGCUUUCUGUGAUGAUGCAGUGGGGCUGAAAUUCAACCCUGUCCUGUACCCCAAGGCCUCCCAAAUGAUUGUGUCCUAUGAUGAACAUGAUGUCAACAACACCUUCAAGUUUGGGGUUAUUUAUCAAAAAGCCAGGCAGACUCUGGAGGAGGAGCUGUUUGGGAACAAUGAGGAGAGCCCAGCUUUCAAAGAGUUUUUGGAUUUGCUGGGGGACACAAUCACACUGCAGGACUUCAAAGGGUUCCGAGGAGGCCUGGACGUGACACAUGGACAGACAGGGCUGGAGUCAGUAUACACAGUAUUCCGGGAUCGGGAGAUCAUGUUUCACGUCUCCACAAAGCUGCCGUUUACCGAGGGUGACACUCAGCAGCUCCAGAGAAAGAGACACAUUGGGAAUGACAUUGUGGCCAUCAUCUUCCAAGAAGAAAACACACCGUUUGUCCCGGAUAUGAUUGCCUCCAACUUUUUACAUGCCUAUAUUGUUGUGCAGGCUGAGAACCCAGGUUCAGAGAUGCUGUCCUACAAGGUCUCGGUCACGGCAAGGGAAGAUGUGCCAGCUUUCGGCCCCCCACUGCCCACCCCACCUGUUUUCCAGAAGGGCCCGGAGUUCAGGGAGUUCCUGCUCACUAAGCUUACCAAUGCUGAGAAUGCCUGUUGCAAGUCGGACAAGUUCGCAAAGUUGGAGGAUCGGACAAGGGCUGCCCUCCUGGACAACCUUCAUGAUGAGCUCCAUGCCCACACACAGGCCAUGCUGGGGUUGGGUCCAGAAGAGGACAAGUUUGAGAAUGGAGGCCAUGGGGGCUUCCUGGAAUCCUUUAAGAGGGCCAUCCGUGUGCGCAGCCACUCCAUGGAGACUAUGGUGAGCAGUCAGAAGAAGCAGCAUGGCGCAAGCAUCCCAGGCAGCCUCAGCGGGGGCAUCUCUCACAAUAGCAUGGAGGUGACCAAGACAACCUUCUCGCCUCCUGUGGCUGUGGCCACAGGGAAGAAUCAGUCUCGGAGCCCCAUCAAGAGGCGCUCAGGCCUCUUCCCCCGUCUGCACACGGGCUCCGAAGGCCAAGGCGAGAGCCGGACACGAUGUGACAGUGCAUCCAGCAACCCCAAGACCCCAGAUGGUGGACACUCUUCUCAGGAGAUCAAGUCCGAGACCUCAUCCAAUCCCAGCUCUCCAGAAAUCUGUCCCAACAAAGAAAAGCCCUUUAUAAAGUUGAAGGAGAAUGGCCGGGCCAACAUCUCCCGCUCCUCCUCUAGUACCAGCAGUUUCAGCAGCACCGCCGGGGAGGGUGAAGCCAUGGAGGAAUGUGACAGCGGGAGCAGCCAGCCAUCCACAACUUCACCCUUCAAGCAGGAGGUGUUUGUCUACAGCCCCUCCCCAAGCAGCGAGAACCCCAGCCUGGGGGCAGCCGCCACCCCCAUUAUCAUGAGUCGGAGUCCUACAGAUGCCAAAAACAGAAACUCCCCGAGGUCUAACCUGAAAUUCCGCUUUGAUAAGCUCAGCCAUGCCAGCUCCAGUGCGAGUCACUAAUGUGAAAGAGGAGUCCUUCAUCUUUCAAAUGGAAUUCCUGGUUCUGCCUUGGAGAAAGCUCCAAUUCCAGAAGUUUGGGGGUGCCAUUCACUACUCUGUCAUGGUCCUGUUGUCCUCUCCUCAACACAGCCCUGCCUGUCCCUUCACCAAGAUGUCCUACAAGCACCUCUUCAUCUCUGCACAAGAUCUCAUCUCUCCAGGCUCCCCAGCUUCAGCCCAUCUGGAGUGAUGUGUGUCUUGGCCAUUUGUCAUCUUGUUCUGUCUAUAGAGGAAAGAGUUGGCCAUGGGGGAUCUGGGUACCUGAUAAUUAGGCAGAGACCAGAGAGACAGAGUGGUGAGAGGGGAUGGAUAGGGACUGUAGCAGGACACUGUGCCCAGGAAGGGCUGGGGGACUGAGUCACAGGCCCACCCACACAGGUAAACAGAGCAGAUAAAUUUAGUGAUAGUGGAAAGAGCCCUUUUCCAGGAGUCAAAUGUGUGGCAGUUUUUGAAGAUGUCUUGACAGAAACCAGCUCUUCUGUUUGCACAUCUCUGGAACUCUCAUACAGAUUAAAAGCUUCUUCCUUACCUGCAUCCAUCAGGCUCAGGGCUGCACUCAUCCCAACUGCCUGGCAUCUGCUGCAGCUGAGCAGCCGGGGACAUGGCCUGUUUCCAGGCAGGGCAUAUUUCUGCCCCCUCUUAGGACAUUCUGUUCUGCUUGUUGAUGCUGCUCAGGUAGUGUUUGCUGUGGCAAAGCCAUAUGUCACAGUGUCUCCGCAUUGAGCAAAUAAUUUUUCUAUGAAGAAGGUUCAACCAGGAAUGAGAAAGAAUUCAGGGAGAAGGAGCCAAGGCGUGCUCUGUGGAGGGAAUAUGGCAGGGCCAGGGACUGGGCAGGGGCCAGUGUAUUUUGGCAGUAGUUUUGUGACAGGUCUAUUGAGAGUUGAUCUGCCCAUUGGGUAUCCUGCAAUCUUGGCCCCAGUUAGGAGUCUUUCAGGUCUGGUGUGCUCCCUCCACUCCUAGCUAGAGAGCUCUGGGUGCACCCACCUCUCAUUGCUCACUUCUCUGCUUCUGCAGGGUUAUGGGUCCAUGUUGUCCAUUGGCCCCGGUAGUGUUUACAGUUGGGACAGUCUCCAAGUUUAACAAGAGCAUCUGGGCAGUAGGCCCUGUGCUGUGUGUAUCAGUUGCCUGCACACGGGGCUUUGUGACUCUGCCAUUAGGUGACAACCAGCUGGACCCAAGCUUUAAUGAGCAGAUGCCAAGGGUUUCCAAUUGAAAUCCUUGCAUGGGGAUCUGGGCCUGUUUCCAAGAGAAGGCAUAUAAAUGUUAGACUUGUUUUUCACUGAUGUGUCUAUUUUCUCACUGCUUUUUCCAUUAGAGUCCAACCUCGCUUCUUCAUUCCCUCACGGUGACAAUAUUUGCAGGCUAGUGGCCCUGUCUCCUCACAUUAUGGGAAAUGUGUUUACUUUAUAUACUAAUCUAGCUAGAGGGACAGUAAAAUAGAAGUUUAGAUUUUAUAAAAAAAAUAAACUGCCACAGCAGCACCCACUGCUAGAUAUGGCCUAUGACUUCUGGUAGGUUCUGUUGGUCAUAUUUCUGAGGGAAUGCCAGAAGUCUAACUGGGCUUCUUUGUGAACUCUGCUUAUUUUCUAAGGGGGCUGCUAGUCAUAGCUGCCCAGUGGUUGUGCUGUGUUGUGUCAUGAUCUGGGGCCUUUGGACUUUCCAGGUUGUCCCACUCUGUCUGUAGGAAUCCAUCUUUCUGCUGCUUUCUGCAGCAUCCAUUCCCUGGAGGACUUUUUCUUGACCUCCGAGCCAGUAGUGGUGGUGGUGGGGUCUGGGGGUGGCCAGAGAACCUGAGAGGAACAAGCAUGGACCCCAGGAGUGGACUAAAUUCUGUUAAUGUCACUGUCUGGUUAGGACUUGACAUAUAUCUGGUUAGCAUCAGAGAAAUACAACCUGGUCUUGAAGGGAGGCUGCUCUGAAUCAUCUCUUAACCCAGAUGUCUUUUCCUUUUGUUGCUACACCCAGUUUUGGGACUCAAAUAUUUGCUCAAGCCUCCUUGGUCCUUGUGACAGGACUCACCCUAAUGGUGCUCAUGCUGGUAUUUGUGGCACUCUGUGCUUGAGUUAUGUUUUCUGCCUAAUCAAAAAGAAUGGAAGUAACAACACUUCUCAGGCUCUGAAGGGCUCACAUCUGUCCCUGCCCAGUCCAAGUUUAGCAGAUGUAGAAAAGCUUGACAUCCAACGUCUUAGCUACUAGUGAAUAGAAAGUGGUGUUUUAUGGAAAACAUUUUGUGAUUCAGCCUUGUGAGCAUUAUCUUGUUGUUCUUCACCUUUCUGGCUCCCUAUAGUAUCCAACCCAGGCAAGUAGGAUGGUUGUCUUCGAAGUAGGAAAUUUAAGGAGGGAGAAACAAUUUGCUUUGAA